UUUACCCAACUGGCAAACACAAGAUAGACACAGCGGGCAAUAUCAUCUUAACUGCCACUAAAAGGGGCUAAUAAAACUGAUUCGGUCGGACGGUUUCAUGUCGUGUAGGCUUGUGGUUCGAAUUCUGGCGUGAACAUAUGUUUAUUUUUUUUAAAUAAGCAAGCAAACGGCUAGCAACGUUUGACACGAGAAAUUACUAGUUUAGCAGCUAAGCUAACGUUUAUAACUGUUGUGGAAUGCGGCGGGUUGUUUCGUUCUUUUGCUAAUCCCGAUUGAGAAAGUAGUACCGAGCUGUUAGGUAGCGCCUCCAUUUUUUCUUUUUUUUUCCUUUUUAACUUUUUUUUUCACAAGUAUUAACCAACAGUGGAGUUUUUUUGAAGCUACGUAGUGUUCAACAUUUUUUGUUUUAAAUAUUUUUUAAUUGUUGUCGAACAAACUGGGUUUUGUUUGACAUUGCCUGGUGUUUUCGCAGUGCUCGGGCAAUUGGCUGGUUAACAGCAGCAGCUCGGCGGGCCAAUCAGAGCGCAGCGGCAGAGGAGCUGUCUGCUAUUAGAGGCACGGCUCAGGAGUCCUUCAACAGAGAGCAGAGAGAGGGGGCUGAGCGCUCUCGGCAGCCAUUUUCCUUAAAACAGGGACUCAAUGGCCUAUAUGGGUUUCCUUUGUUCCAAAAGGGAUCUUACACUUGAUUUCCUCAUCUCUCACGGACUAUGAUAAAACUAUUAUUCCUCCUUUUAAAGGAUUGAGAAGAAGGAAGAGAAUGUACUGGAUGUAAUACCCUGUGACAUUUUGAGCCUUUUUUUACUCUGCCUGGGAAUCCAUCUUUGUCUUAACUAGGUCAUGGCACACCCAUAUAAUAGUGUUUAUAUUUCUUAUUAAGUUAAAAAAAAAAGAAACCAAAAUGUUGUGAAUAAACAGCUUUAUGGUUUUGGAGAGAUUUAAAAUGGUAGUAACUGAGGGGGGGAACACAGUGACAAAAUGUGUAAUGGCAGAUUGUUGGCAUUGCACUUAUGGCCUUGUAGGAUAUGAGUAGCAAUGAGUAAGUUCAACUCUUUUUAUAAUAAUUUAACAAUGUUUUAUAAUUUAGUAAUGUAAAUGUGAGGCAUGCAGCUACUGUUAUUAAAAAUAAGUAUUUUCUGUCAUUUUCUGUACUCAGCUUUAUUAAUGUAAUCACAGAAUAUCUUCAAAAAUAGCAUGCUGACAUAUAAAUAUACAGUUUAUAUAAGCUGCUCAAAUGACAGAAAGCAGGCCAUGGAUAACUAAUGGCCUUUUUGAAAAUUACUUUAUUGUGCUUAUUGCAUUUUUGACUGUUGACUGAUAACUUCCUUUGCUUUGAUUAAUGACUUUAAACACUUUUCCUCUCACAACAGCAACGCUAAACACCCUGAAGGCUUGUGUUGUACCCUACACUGCAACUGUGGAGACAACUUCAAGCAUGAUUAAGUGUGUGCUGCCAUGUAAGAGCCAAACGCGUCCAAAAAAAAACGUGUAAACGUCGGCUUGACCUUGCUUCAAGGGCAUAUUUAAAUAUCUAAUGAAGUCCAGUCAGGUAGCCUUUUUUAAUCUUUCUCUUCCUUCUUUCUUUUUUUGAUGUCACAGUUUUUAAAAACGAUUUUAAACACAGACAGGUCAAACUUAAAGAGGAAACAGAUGGAGGGAAAACUCUUCAUGGUGAAAAAAUAUUUACCUCAGCACUUGGGUGAAAUGCAGUUAACAGGCCUAAACGCAGGGGCAGGAGGAAUGUUUUCAGCUCCAUCUUCGGAUCCUCUAUUAUUGGCAUUAAUAAGGGGUUGGGAGAGCGUCUCCUGAAAAGGAAGGAAUCCAUUAGCACGACAGAUAGAGCUCUUUUGAAAACUUUUUUUGAUCAGUGGUAGCUUUUUCCUCUCAGCCAGCGAAUAUGCAUCUUCAAGCAUCAUCUGUGUGGGCAAUAUGCAAACCAUCUCUUCUCUCUCCUUGAAGACAGGAUUGCAGUCGAUUAGAAACGUCUGCCAUUUCGACAUUUCUAGCUGAGCAGCAUCAUAUAAAAAGCUACAAGGGAAAUGUUGUGUGGAAAGGUAAUGAAUUUUGAGCUAUUUCACUGAAUUUCUCCAUUUAUAUCCAUGUACGUAUUUUCCUUUAGGACAGACAACACGUAAAAUACUUAAAUAUUACUUAAUUUAUAAAAACGAUUUCAGCUUAACUAUAUACUGACUUUUGUUUUAAAAUAAUAAUAACUGUAACCCACAUCGUUUAAUUGAUAUUGAAAACUUACAGUUAGUAUUCAAAACAUGUAAAUCCACGUUUUAAAAGAGAUCUUAUGGGGAAGAAAUCUUGUGUUUUUCACUGCUUCCCUUCAUCCAAACAGACCUGUUUUGGUGGUAUGUAAGCAGCGCUUGUGCAAUGGUUUCUCUGCUGUUCUCUAUCUCAAAAUGGCUUCUUUACAGACAAAGGAGAGCACUGUGCUGUGAAAUGUUGCUGCGCCAUAACUGGGUGAGGCUCGGGGAGAGCGCCGUGUUUUUUUUUUUUCUACCGAGGACGUUUCUCGGUGUUCGAGUGAAUCAGCACGAAGACAAAGCACAGCGUCACAUGGGUGAUUUUUCUCGAAAUGGUGCGUGUUUUACAAGAAGAAGAAAAAAUCAGUCGACAGUGCUUGUUAAAGGAAGGAAACUUUAAUACGAGGCGGCGUAUUCAGGCUGUCGCGUUGCUGGGCUGACUCGCCCUGGCAACGGCAGUAAUCCGAGAGCUCUGGACGGUUGCCAUGAGAGCAGCACCCCCACACUGCCAUAUAAGGUCAUCAGGAAUCCUCCGCAGCAGCCCCGUUGUUCUGUAUGUGGGUGAAAAUAACUGGCGCUGCGUCGGGCUUCCGUGCGUAAAACGGCAAAAAAAACAGACGGAUCACCAAUACCGACUGUUUCAAGCGCUGCAUAUCAGAUAGUACAAACAAACACGAUGCCAUCCUGUCUAUUUUUUGCGGCGAAGGAGUUAAAAAUACAAGCGGGGAGGGUCUUUGUUCUCGUGCGUAAAAGUGGGUCUCCAGGUGGAUCUUUAGCGCCUUUUCACGCACUCUUUAUGCGCGCUUUUUUUAGUGUGUUUGUGCGUGUUUGCGCUUUCAAAAUCGCAGCGUGUGUGCGUGUCAGAGGCCUGUUUUUCUUGCUCUCCACUCCUACCCUCCGGCUGCCAAAUGCGCGCAUUCAGGUCACGAGUCUGUCGACACCCUUCCCCUCUCUAAAGCUUCGCUCUCUACACCCCAACCCCCAAUGCGAUGGCGACAAAAUCAGAAAGAUGGUGAAUAUCUGCCUUUAGUUAUGGGGCUUUUGCGUUGAAAUCCGCCACUGAGGUUAUUUAUAGGAUAGGCCUUUGUUAAAAACGAAAAGAGAGAAAAAAAUCCCUCCCCGGUGGAUUGCGCCACUCAGCUUUGCUGCUGACAGACUGGAAUAUUCCACACCGGGGAUUGGCCUCUCUUUCUUCUACAGGACAGCUGUCUCUCUCUCUGAACGGCGAAAAAACAUUUUGACAAUUGUUCUUUGUUUAUUAAUUGAUGAAAAAGGGGGCUAUGUGCGUGUGGAUAUUUUGUACACCUACAGGACAUUUUAAUAUCCUUUCUAGGCUACUUGAUCCAUGAGUUAGGAUGCCAGGUUUCACCUUGUAAGUCAAACAAGCACUUUUUAAAAUGAUUUAUUAUGCAGGAAUUUUUCAUGGCUUGUGCUACACCACACCGUAGCCUUUUGUAGAGGCAUAUGGUGCACAUGAGAGAACCUCUUCCUCCGUGAAUGGCUGAUUGCUGUGGAGUCAGAAUAAGCAAGCAGACAGGCACACUGCUGUGAGCUUUUCUUUCUUUGCCUUUUAUUCUGACGGAUUGUUCACUGAAUCAAAUCAGGCAUCCUCGGAGCUCUGUGUCUUUUUUUUAUUACAUUUCUCGAUUUUUCAAGGAUUUUUGUCAUGCACAUGGUACUGUAUCUAUUUAAAACACUGGAUUUUCUUCUUUCUAGCUCUUGAAGAUUUGCAUGUGUAGUGUAUUAAUAUUCCACAGUAUGGUUUGUAAUUUAUCCUCCUUAACUUGACAAUAUUAUCACCUGUCUGUGUUUGGUUUGUGAUGUGCUUAAAUAAAUAGAAUAUACACUAAUCCUUAUGGUUUGUUGUUGUGGAAGCUAAAGCAGGUUGUUGUACAUUUGUAAUUUUUUGGUAACCUUUAAUGAUUUUUAGGCCCAGAUUUCAAACAGGAUUUGAGCUGUCGUGAUGGAUACACUGUAUGUGUAUAUAUAUAUAUAUAUAUAUAUGACACAAAAUAUGCACAUCAUUCAGACUGCAGGGUGAUUUUUUUUUAGCAGUAUUUUUACAAUUUCAGUGACAUUUCCUUUAGCUACUACUAUAAAUGUGUGUGUGCAUUCAUACUUAACAUGAUCAAAUGUGUUCUUUUUCAAAAAUAGGCAAAGUAAAGGGUGUCAGCUUUUCCUCUUAAAGGGACAGCUUGCUCAAAUUUCCUGCACUCCUACCCCCAAACUAACUGCAUUCUUUCCCUUUAGUGUAAUUUAACCUUCAAAUUUAGCUUUGAAACCUACCUCAGUUUGAGUUGUGAUAGAAAAUGUUCCAGACUAGAUCCUAAAUCCAACAUUUUUGUGUGUUCAGAUCAUUCACACACUCUCUACCUGUGAUCUGCUCUCUCCUGACACCCACUGCAGCCGACCUGGUUGUGAUUAUCAGCGAUCACAAACGUGCCUGAAGCAUAUCCCCACAUCUUUUAUUGCAUAUACGGUGUCUAUAAAAAUCUUCAGACAUAAUAUGUAGUUGAUACUCGAAGGCAACACAGCUGGAUUUAACACCUACUGUGCGUUUUGUCUUUGAUCCCUCACAGAUACCACUUCUGGCUCAGCGUUUAACCCUUAUUUGUCACAUCCACUCCUGAUUACACGGAUAUUUUUAGUGAAACACUGAUACGAUAUUCCUCAUAUUGUAGAGUAGCUUCUCAUCACAUGUUGGUAAAGAGAUGUACUAAACAUCUGAAUCAUUAUCUUUUUGUAUUUUGCUUUUGUAGUUCUAACUCUGUACAUUACAUCCUGAGACACGAGGGAGAGUAGUUUGUCCCGAUGAUUAAUCUGUGAUUUUCCAGCAUUACAAAGAAGUGACGUCUUGCUGAGGAUUCAAAAAUAACUGUAUCAAAAGAAAAUACUUUCAUUUCAACAAAUAUAACCAUUUAAUCUGAAACACGCAUGGUCAAAUACUCGUCUUGUUUCUCAGUUGUGUAAAAAAUUCUACAUUUAAACUGGUUUUAUGCUUCCUGAAGGCAUUCUCUCAAUCACAAACUCAGGAUUUCUACAGCAUUUAAACAAAUACUACUCAAUGAAUGAGCCAAACAUCACAAACCGAUGGUGAAAAAGGGUGGUUACCUUUUAAAAAUGCAUACAGAUUCAGUGUAUGUGCAGCACAGCGGGAGUUGACCUUUUGUCAGUAUAAGUUUCUACGGAAACCAGUUUGCAUGCACACAGUGGGUGGAGCUGCCCCCAUUCACUGUCAUCAGAGCAUCUCCAGGAUGCACAUUCAUAACAUUACAGAUAAGAAUCUAGAAAUCUGUCAGUGCCGGUUUACUGUAAAAAACCUGCUCAGGCUAGUUCAGCAUUAAACUGGACAUUUUAAGUGUAAUCUCUCUCCUUCUCACACACACACACACACAUGGUCAGUGGAGGAAGUACUUCAGAUUGAGAACCCACCCAGAAAAUGAAACACAUGCAAUAGAGGAAGUAGGAGCAGCCAGACUCAGCAGCUUCACAUCAGCUGCAGCUCUGAGCGAACAGACUGACGACAGGACAGCAGAGGAGCGUGGAGGGUCAACUGGAGGCAGCUUCACUGUGACAGGAACAGGAAGCGGUGAGCAGAAUGAGCUACCUGGUAAAACAUGAAGCUCGUCUGUUCCUCUCUCUUCACACCGCCUGUGAAUCAUCUCAGCCCUUCCAAAUGCACAUUCAUCAGGGUUUGCCAUGUGUUUAAUUUAAAACCGGAGGUAGCAUCUUCAGCCCUGCCCUGCCUGGCACCUGUGUGACUGUUUGGAGGAGAAAUGACACAAAACGGUGCUGCCACCACCGGUAAUGGCACCACGAAAGGGGGACAAGAACUUAAAAUUGUGAUUGUGGGAGAUGGAGGCUGCGGGAAAACAUCUCUGGUGAUGGUGUAUGCUAAAGGUGAUUUUCCAGAGAAAUAUGCACCAUCAGUGUUCGAAAAAUAUGUCGCCACUGUCUCUAUUGGAGGAAAGGACAUCAAGCUCAACCUGUAUGACACAGCUGGACAGGAGGACUAUGACAGACUGAGGCCGCUUUCAUACCAAGAGGCCAAUCUGAUUUUAGUCUGCUUUGAUGUUACAAACCCCACCAGCUUCGAGAAUGUCAUGAUAAAGUGGUACCCAGAGGUGAAGCACUUCUGUCAGGACGUACCGGUCAUCCUGAUUGGCUGCAAGACCGACCUCAGGAAGGACAAAGAGUGUGCAAGGAAGCUGAAGGCCAUGAAUCUGGCUCCCAUCACCUACUCACAGGGUGAGGAGACACGACAGCAGAUGAAUGCAGAGCUGUACCUCGAGUGUUCGGCGAAAUAUCAGGAGAACGUGGAAGACAUAUUCAGAGAGGCGACCAAAAAGGCUCUGGCCUUCAGACGUAAACAAAAGAACUACAAGAGGAAGAAGAAAUGUGUUGUUUUGUGAAGAUAAAGGAAGAGACCCUGCUCUUCUGCAAACAGUGCCAGUUAGUCAUCAUUUUUCAUAUUCACAGUGGCUGCAUGUUCAGACACCAGACACAGAUGUGGAGACAGCUGUGUGACAAGCGGCUCAGAGAAUCCUUAUCGUUCCCUGGAAGUCUGAACCUCGCUGAGCUCAUCAGCUUCCUUCACUGUUACGAGAAAAGUGACGCAACAGGAAAGACAAUUUUGCAAGUUGCAACUUGGAGAUUUUCUAAAGCAGCCACAAUUUGUAACAUCCUCUGGCAAUGUGUUUCACUCUUGAAUGUAUUUUUUUUGUGUUUUUUAUAGCUUCUGAGAAAACUUUGUACUGUUUGUAAUGACACCAGAUUGCCUUACUGAAACUUAUAUUUAUUGCAGGAAUUUGAACCGUCAGUUGUUGUUUUGCCACCAUGGAUUUUUGUUAUAUUAUUUUAAUUGUCAGGUGUGGUUUAAAUCUGCUGGCAGAAACCAAAUUUUAAGGCAAAAUUAAGUGUUAAAAUUCAGAGUGUAAUGGUACUGUAGCUUCAGAGGAGACACUGCAGGUGGAUACUGUUGAAUUUUAACCAAUAUUUUAUUCAUGAUGAUACUUUUCCAGUUGAUUGCUUACAUAAAGGCAGAUUUUUUUAUUUUGUAUGUAUCAAGUUUUCUAAAAUUGUACAUUUAAUGAGGGAAAUGAGGUUUUAUAUAUGUGUAAAAAUGCAGGAAUGCAAAUUAAAUUCCACAACAGGAAUGUAAACAUUGGAUGAAAUUAACUUCCUUGUUUAAUUGUAUAGACAUAUUAGUAUUAGAGAUUUUUACAGAUGGAAUUUUUAAAAGAAUAUGAAUAUUACUGUUAACAGACUGAGGAAAGUAAAUAGGUUUUUAGGUUUGAAAUAUUUUAUAAAACAGACUGUGAAUGACCAGAAUAUAGAGAGAAGUAAACUUGAAAAGUUUGAUGGAUGUAAGUGUUACUUCAGUUCAGAUAUAUAGCUUAGAGUAUAAAAAACAAAAAGAAACUAAUUUUGAAAAAAUGGCUUUUGAAGAUUUUUGUUAAAAAUUGUUUAAAAAACAUUGAGGCUGGUGAUGAAAGAAGCAAAGGGUAAAGACAUAGUUAAAUAAACAAGGGAGGUUCUGCUUUCAGUGUCACUUAUGCAGAAGAAAAAUAAAGAGUUUUCUUUA